UGCUCUGGCUGGCACCAUGCAGCUCUCUCUAGCCCUGUGUCUCGUCUGCCUGCUGGUACAUGCGGCCUUCCGGGUGGUGGAGGGCCAGGGGUGGCAGAGCUUCAAGAAUGAUGCCACAGAAAUCAUCCCUGAGCUCGGCGACUUCCCCGAGCCUCCACCGGAACCCGAGAACAACAAGACCAUGAACCGGGCGGAGAACGGAGGGCGGCCUCCCCACCACCCCUUUGAGACCAAAGACGCGACCGAGUACAGCUGCCGCGAGCUGCACUUCACGCGCCACGUGACGGACGGGCCGUGCCGCAGCGCCAAGCCGGUCACCGAGCUGGUGUGCUCCGGCCAGUGCGGCCCGGCGCGCCUGCUGCCCAACGCCAUCGGCCGCGGCAAGUGGUGGCGCCCGAGCGGCCCCGACGUCCGCUGCAUCCCCGACCGCUACCGCGCGCAGCGGGUGCAGCUGCUGUGCCCCGGGGCCGCGGCGCCGCGCGCGCGCAAGGUGCGCCUGGUGGCCUCGUGCAAGUGCAAGCGCCGCAGCCGCUUCCACAACCAGUCGGAGCUCAAGGACUUCGGGCCCGAGGCCGCGCGGUCGCAGAAGGGGCGGAAGCCGCGCAAUUAUGUCUUCCUUUGA